AUGCCCUUAAUCGACGAUCAGAGAACCUUCCAGGUUGCCCUAUUACCAGGUGAUGGGCAAGGACCUCAUCUAGCUUCCUAUGUGGAGCGCACCCUAGACUUGAUCCAACGAGUCCGCCGAAACGUCUCAUUCAAGGUCUCCAGGCAUGACUUUGGGGGUGCAGCCCUGGCCGCAGGUGCCGGAACUGCCCUCCCUUCAACGACACUUGGUGCUUGCCGACAGUCUGAUGCUAUCAUUGUCUGUGGCUGUGGUGAUCCGCGUUAUGGAAUUGAGCCAGAGCAAGGCUUGUUAGCGCUGCGACAAGAACUCGAUGGCUGUGUCAACAUUAGGCCAGUCAGAUUCCCUUCAUCUCAGCUAGUACAGCAAAGCUCCUACAAGCCCGAAGUAGUCGAGCAGCUAGAUAUCACAUUCUUCCGGGAUCUCACCAGCGGCGUCUAUUAUGGACGUCGGAAAGAAGCCGGAGACGAUGGAGAAGCAUACGACACUACCCCCUACUCUCGACAAACAAUUGAACGGAUUGCACGGCUAGCAGGUACUUAUGCCAUGCAAUUCAGCCCACCCAAGCCGAUUCACUCUAUCGAUAAGCACAAUGUCAUGGCAACAUCACGGUUAUGGAGGUCCGUCGUGGCCCACGUCUUCGAACAAGAGUUCCCUCAAGUCCCAUUACGCCAUGUCUUAGUGGAUACAGCGUCAAUGAUCCUCUCUUCCAAUCCGCUCAGCCUGAACGGCAUCAUUCUCGCCGAGAACAUGUUUGGAGACAUUCUGUCUGACCAAGCUGGUGGAAUUUUGGGAUCUCCGGAUAUCCUAGCGUCUGCUGCCGUGUCUACCAUCCAACGAAGCAGCUCCAGCGGAACGCCUGGAAUCUUUGAGCCCUUCAACCUCAAGCCCGGGGGGGAAACGGUGAACCCUCUCGGUAGCAUACAGGCAGUGGGCCUGAUGCUUGAACUAUCCCUAGGCCUGGCUGCCGAGAGUGAGGCCUUAUCUAAGGCAAUUCGUCGGACCUUGGACCCCAUUGAACUGGUCGGAUCGGAUACCAGAACAGUGGACCUUGGCGGCUCAGCAACAGCGGACAGCUUCAUGGAUACUCUGUUACACAACCUGGAUUACUACCUCGAAGCACUCAACUCUUCCGAGGCUGCGGUUGUGCAGGCGAUUCCAUCACUACCUGCUACGUCCAAGUCCUUUAAAAUCCCCUCAGAACGGCAUCCGAUGAGUGUCAUUGAGAAGAUCCUCACUCAUGCUGGCGUCGGCCUCACGAAAUCUCAUGUCGAGCCGGGAGAGAUGAUUUGUGUCAAAGUUGACUGGACAGUUACAUCGGAACUGCUCUGGGCUGGCAUGGAAAAGACAUACGACAAAAUGGGAAGACCACGCCCCUAUCGCAAUGAUCGACUGUGGCUGGCUGUUGACCAUACUGUUGACCCUCGCACAAACCAUCAGCCUAGACAAAGGGGUCUCAUGGCAAAGGCUGAGCGGUUUCGACAGGAAGCCAAGAUUAUCGACUACUUACCGGCCAACACGAGCAUCAUGCACACAGACUUCACACGCGAGCGAGCACAACCCGGACGCAUCGUCGUCGGAAGUGACUCACACACUUGCUCAGCUGGAAGCAUGGGAUCUUUUGCAAUUGGAUUUGGCGCAGCUGAUGUGGUGAUGCCCAUGGUUACUGGAGAGACCUGGUUCCGGGUCCCAGAGGUUUGUAGGAUCAACUUUGUUGGAAAACUACCCUUUGGCAUUGGCGGCAAGGAUGUUAUACUUCAUAUCCUCGGUCUCUUCAAGAGGAACACUAUUGCGUUCCAGCGUGCCGUGGAGUAUGGUGGCCCGGGACUGAAGGAGCUCUCGAUGGAUGCAAGGUUUGCGAUUGCAAACAUGACAACUGAGGCUGGUGGCAUGGGUGCGUGUUUUGAAGCGGAUGAGGAGACCUCGGCAUGGAUUGCCCGCCGACGACAACCAGAGCAUCGAAAGGGCGGCCUUUAUUUCCGAGCGGACCCUGACGCGCGAUAUGUUGAGGAGAGAACCAUUGAUCUCUCUGAGGUCAAUGUGACCAUGGCACUAUACCCAAACCCGGACGACGUUGUUCUUGUCUCAGAGAAGGCUGGGAUGAAGCUAGAUGGAUGCUUCAUCGGAGCCUGCACCACAACCGAGGAAGACUUGAUUGUUGGUGCCCUGGUUCUCGAGGCUGGUCUCCGAGUGGGCAUACGACCUGUGACUCAUGGAAAGCGCAGAGUUACUCCUGGUAGCCUUAUCAUUAUCAAGCGCCUUGAGCGACAUGGGCUCUUAGAGAUCUACAAGCAGGCGGGGUUUGAGAUUGGUGCCCCUGGAUGCUCCUACUGUGUGGGAAUCAACGAUGUUGACGUUGCCAGAGAAGGCGAAGUUUGGCUAUCUUCACAGAACCGCAACUUCCGAAAUCGAAUGGGCAAAGGCAGCCUGGGUAACAUUACUGGUGCGGCUGCUGUCGCCGCGUCCAGCUUCGACAUGGUGGUGAAAGACCCCAAGCACUUGCUGGACCAACUGGACAGAGAUAAGCUGGAGAGGAUAGUGAAGGGCUCCAGGAGUAGCACGGACAUCUCAGUGGUUAUCAGUGAGCCUGAGCCGCAGAUUUCGUCUAACAAGACACCAAGCCUUCUCAACGGCAAUGAGCCGAAUGAGCCUGCUUCUUCGACACUGUCAACUUCGCGAGUCGUGCGGUCCAAGGUUCAAAGGUUUGGAGAAAACGUGGAUACUGACGCUAUCAUUCCUGCGGAGUUCAUGCCUGGUAUCGACAACGCAGAUCUGGGCAGCCAUUGCUUCCAGUACUACCGCCCAAGCUUCCGAGACAAGGCCAAGCAAGGAUCGCGGAUCAUUGUGGCGGACCAUGGCUUCGGUAGUGGGUCAUCCCGCGAAGACGCCGUGAGAGCCUUGCAAGGUGCUGGAGUGGAAGCAGUUAUUGCGAAGGGCUUCGCUUUCAUCUAUGAGCGGAAUCAGUUGAACAUGGGCUUAUUCAAUAUAAAACUGCAAGAUCCAGAGUUCUACAAAAUCGCACAAGAAGACUCGGUGAUUACGAUAGACAAAGACAACAAAAAAAUCUACAUUGAAGGAUAUAAGAAUGCGUUUUAUUAUCAGCAAUCAGACAUCGAGGAGACUCUGCUAGACGCAGGAGGUGUGCUGCCUUUAUACAGUCAGUUUGGUGGCAAGGUAUUUCGGCAUAUCACCAUGCCGAGGGUGAAGGGAGAAAGAAAGAGAAAGGAAUUUGGCAGUGAAUUUACGGCGGAGUUGUUGGACUGUUCACAGCCUUCGACCUUUGAGUGGUAG